AUGAUGUCCUCUGCCACGGUCAGACUAUCGCUGUCCGAUUCGACCAUGUUUCAAUUCCCACCCAGAAGUGAGCCAGAGACUGUUCCACCGCCAGCCCCGGGCUCCACGUUGGCCGCCUCGCCGUUUUCCAUACCGGCCUCAACGUUCCAUGCCGCGUUGGAUCUGAGAGUACCCGUCACCAUUGGCUGUAUUUAUGCGACCGCAGUUGCAAUGCUGAAUGCGUACAACCGGUCGCACGGAAACAAGCCGUGGAGGAUUAGCAAGAGCAGAGCAUUUUUCUGGUUUGUCGUGGGCCACAAUGUGUUGUUGGCGACCUACUCGGGCUGGACUUUCAUGGGAAUGCUGCGAGCUGCCCGGAGAACGGUUUGCAACCCAUUAGCACCGGCAGGGCUGGCGGGAACCGUGGACAGCUUGUGCAAGAUCCAUGGAGCACCUGGGCUUGGAAAUGCCAUUGCAUAUAACAGGACAAUGUCCAGAUGGGCUUCUGAAUCGCCCUUGACCAAUCUCCUCGGCACUGCAGGUACGCCGGACCCUGCCCAUCUGGGACGCUUCUGGAACGAAGGUCUAGCUUUCUACGGAUGGCUCUUCUACCUGAGCAAGUUCUACGAAGUCGUCGACACCGCAAUCAUUAUUGCCAGGGGAAAGACGAGCUCGACUCUGCAGACCUACCACCACGCCGGAGCCAUGAUGUGCAUGUGGUCUGGAAUUCGAUACAUGUCGCCCCCUAUUUGGAUGUUUGUUUUUGUCAACUCUGGCAUUCACGCUUUGAUGUACGCAUACUAUACAUUGAGGGCCCUUUCCGUGGCAGUACCGCAGGCUUUGAAGAGGAGCCUUACCACGAUGCAAAUCAUGCAGUUUCUGUUUGGGGCGUCCUACGCCGCCCUGCACUCCUUCGUCUCCUACACCAUUCCGAUUCAGACCUCGCGUCUUGAGGACAGUGCUGUUGAGCACCACGCUGGCUAUCAAACCGUUUCAUGUAUCAAUACGAGCGGCCAAACAUUUGCCAUUUGGUCCAACGUGCUCUACUUGGCGCCUCUGACGGUCUUGUUUGUGCGAUUCUUUGUACAAAGCUACUUCCCUUCAGAGAAGGGCGGAAGCAAAGCCCCGUAA